ACGGUCUCUGUCCAACCCCAACCGGGAUUCGUUUGUAAAACCAAAGUGGAACGAUCGAAAAAGCACAAGCCGGGGACUAAAGUGUAUAUCAACAUUUGCCAUGCAGACGCCAUUCCUGCUCCUCCUGUCGCGAAUGAGAAUGAAAUACAAAAGGCGUUGGAUGCUGAACAAGACGCAACGUAUCGCGUGCCUCUCAGUAUGGGUCAACCUCGUUUCGAUACCGAUUCAACCUCACUUAUUAUGGAUGCGUGUAUCCAUACACAACCGUACAUGCGGGCAGAACGUGAUCUGGAUUUCAAGUUGUAUAUCCUCGAGUUGGCCAUUGAGUUCGUAGAAGAGAUGGAAUCGGUGGAGCUCAGUCGAGAAUUCACAAUGCCAAACCUGCAAUCCAAAGGCACGAUACCCCAACGAAUGCUCCGACUACCAAAACCUGCUUUAAUAUCUGCUGUCAAAAAGCAAAAGCCUGCAAAAAAAGAG